CAAAAGGCUUAUAGUGGGAUAAUUCAUUCUCUUAGCUGGAGAUUUCUGAAAGCUCUGGGGCUGAAGACUGCAAUUCCUCCUUCAGAGAGACAUCACCAUGGAAACUAGUGAUUUCCUUUGGGGCUGAGCUAUGUGGGUGAUUUCCUCAGGGAAAGGAAAGACUGGAGACUUUGCGCCUCCCACCUGGUUUAUUACUUCAUCAUCUCUCUCCGAGCGUUCUCCUCAGCCAUCCAUUACCAGCCCUCUAUCCUCAGUGGCCUCACUGAGCUAUAACCUCUCUGGCUUGUGUGAAGGAGUUGGUCCAGUUUCCCAGGAAACAGAACUAGAAGGAGAGCGGAGGUUCCUUCUGCAUCUUCUGCACUGUGCCAGGAGAGCACUGCUCAUAGGCAUGGGGAUGCCUUGAUCCUUGGUUUGGAUCUGCUGCUAAAGGAGCUCAUGAUGAUGCUACAUGGCUUGCCCCACUACUAUAGAGAAAUAGAGGGAAGAGACAUCCUGUCAAGAACCUUUGAGUCUAAUGAGGUACUAACUCCACUUCAAAUUCCUUCACGUCCGACUGUCUCACAAGAUAGAUAUAAAAAGUUCAGGGAACCCCUUCAUUGGUGCAGGCUUCCCUGGGGAACAGAAAGGGAGCAUGGAGGAACUGCACUACUUGUAUUGCCAGAAGAACACAGGCCAAAGGACGAGCCUCCCUGUGCAUUUGUUAAAGGACAUCAGCAUUAUGGCAGUGCUGUAAACCCCUGGCCAAGAGGCCUUCCCAUUGAGCAAUACUAUCAUGUCACCCAGCUGAAAAAAAGUGAUGUGCGUCUGAAUGAUGAGCUGCUUCAUAAGCCAUCAGAUAGUUCAGCUAAACCACUGUGCCUGCCCUUUCCCACCUCUCAUCCCUACCAGACACACAUCUCUAGGUACGCCAUGUUCCCAAACUUCAGAUCACCUGAGGAUCGAUACACUGGGGUUGAGGCAAGCCAUCAUCAGCCUUUUCAUCCCAAUAUCCCAACCAAGGCUUUUGAUGUGAUUGUUUUGAGGAAGACCAAAGGUAAUCCAUAUAGGCACGAAGUGGUCAGUAUUCCCUCUGACUCCCAGAAGGAGGCUGUGCGCUGGCCGGGACAGCACACAUACUUUCAUGUUUUUAAAGACCUAGAACAUAACCUCUCUCCAAGAACAACUAAUAUGUUACGAAACAGUGAAAGGGCUCAGUGGAUCACAACGUACAGUCGGGACUUCACAGGCAGAGGUCCUAUGAAUCCCCUUAACCUGGAUGACUAUGCCAUGAAGGUAAUGGACAGAUUAACUCAAGAACUAGGAGAGGACGUGGAACUUAAAGAAACAUUUCUGCCUAAUCUUUCGCAAGUGAGACCUCUUGAGGGGCGCACUGCACGUUUACUUCAAGGUCGACGUCCCCAUGAAUCACUUCCGCAAGAACAGCACUCCUCCAAUAAAGGUGAUGUGAGACAAGAGCAGGCCCAUCUGUCUCAGAUAUAUUACCAGAAGGAUGAUUAUCUGGAUACAAAGCCACCAGCAAACAAAUUUCAGAAAAUCAUUGACACAAGGCAAACAGAAGCAUUGUAUGGGAGGCAGCUUGCAGGAAGGCCUGAACUUGAAUCCCUUCCAAAAUCUGCAUGUUCCCUUUCCUAUAAAGAUUUGAAGCCCAGACGUUUGGACCAGCAUAGAGUAUGGAACAACCCAGAUAGUCUGCGUAUGCCAGGCUUACCACAGCACGUAAAGAGUAAGGAAAGUGGAACUUUCAUGCGCAAGCUUUGGCAUCAAGAAGCAAGCCAGCCUGUAUGGAGAUCAGAGGACAGGCCAAGCAAGACAGCGCUGCCCGAAUUUAUCCCUAGUUAUGAGGUUCCUCAACGCCGGACAACAUUGCUGGAGCUGCAGGAUUCCUUCUCUAAGACAGCAGCACACAAACAUUUUCAUGAUGCUAUUAAAGGAGAGACAAAAGAUCUCAGAGAUAACAUUACUGAGGGAAGGAGACACAAAUUCCAUGGUUUCAAUUCUUUCUAUUUCUACAAUUGA